GGUUUUGUGCGCAGGGCGGCAGGUGUAGCGAUGAGGAGCGAAGCUCGGCGGGCUGCGGAGGGUGUCCCCGCACGGCAGCCCCGACAGCAGCCCGCUCUCGGGAGCAUGGCAGCGGCCCCGCCGCGCCGCGCCCCGCGCUGAGCCCCGCCGGUCGCGGUGCCGCCGCAGUGCCAGCGCCAUGCCUCCCCAGGAGCUCCUGGAUUACGCGCCCGCCCUGCGGAGACACAGCCCGCCCCGCGGCAGCGGCCCGGAGCUGGGCAUCAAGUGCGUGCUGGUGGGCGACGGCGCCGUGGGCAAGACCAGCCUGGUGGUCAGCUACACCACCAACGGGUACCCCGACGAGUACCAGCCCACCGCCCUGGACACCUUCUCCGUGCAGGUCCUCGUGGAUGGAGCCCCAGUCCGGAUUCAGCUGUGGGACACUGCUGGACAGGAGGACUUUGACUGUUUGCGCUCUCUUUGUUACCCUGACACCGACGUCUUCCUUGUGUGCUUCAGUGUGGUAAACCCAAGCUCCUUCCAGAACAUUACAGAGAAGUGGAUCCCUGAGAUACGAACUCACAACCCCCGGGCGCCGGUGCUGCUGGUGGGGACGCAGGCAGACCUGCGGGACGACGUCAAUGUCCUCAUCAGCCUGGACCGCUACCACGUGAAGCCAGUGCCCCGGCCUCAGGCAGAAGGUCUAGCUGACAAAAUCCGGGCUGAAGCCUACCUGGAAUGCUCAGCACUGACCCAGAAGAACCUUAAGGAAGUUUUUGACAUGGCCAUUGUCAGCGGUGUCGAGCACAAGGCGCGUCAGGAAAAGAAGAUGACUGCCAAAGGCAUCAAGACUCUCUCCAAGUGCCGCUGGAAGAAGUUCUUUUGCUUUGUCUGAAGCUGCUUUGAGGGAGGGGAAAAGAAACAUCCAAUGCCAGUAUUGGCUCUGCACCUUCUUGGAGUGACUGCUCCUAUGGCCCCAGCAAGGAGGGUAUGAUAAGCUGCUGGGCUUGGAAACCUGUCUCUUGCUGGGUACAGUAUCAGAUGCCCAGGAGACAUGAACUAGAUUUCCACUGUGCUGAGAUGUGAAAUGGUCCAGGCAGCUAUAAUACCUGCUGGACAUGUCUGUAGUGUCCCAGACUAAUGGGAGCCUUUAAUGCAUCGAGACUCAGUACCUCAGAACAGGCAGGUUCCUUACAUUGUUCAAAAAUUUUUUGAACCAGUUUUCUGGUUGACGCUCACACACUUUCAGAGUUCUGAUGCAGCAUAAUAAACAUAAGGGACUUCUGAAAUCAGCCUGUGUUUUGGCUGAUUUAUAGGUGUGGCAGAGAGUAGGGCAGGGGCAGUUACAUGCAACUGCAAUGUGGUCAGGCAUGGGGUGCAGAGUUUGUAACAUGAGACUUGGGUUCCCCCUCUGGUUCCAUUUGCCAAGAUAGGUAGAAUUCACUUGGCUGUGAAAAAGCAGCACUCUUUCUCAAAGGCCCUGUACUAGGAGUUCUCUUGAGAAGGUAUUUCCUGAAUAAAGGGAGAAAAUGCACUGGGAGCUACAGUAAUACUUUGAGCAAAACCUUCUCUGAGAGGACUCUCUAGUCCACUGGGUGCCAGUGUUAUAGUCCUGUCCUAAGAGGUAGUUGUGGACUUGGGGACCAGCUUCGAAAGGCCUUUUGUGUGUAUGGUGUUUUGAAAGAAAGAAGAGGUGAGGAACAGUGAGAAGUGGCUCUGUCUAGCAGAGAAAAAACUGUGUCAGCAAACUACCAAGGGGUCAAAUGUAGAUGGAGAGAGAAGGAAGAAAAGGAAGCAACUAGGAAGGAGAAAGAUGGAAUGAAGAAAGGUAGAUGGAGAAGGAAAGAAGAAUGAAUGUUGUUAAUUGAAAGUUGUGGUUCUACUUAGUUGAGAUGCUAAUAUGCAGGGAAACCUUUAGGAACCUGAAAAUUUUGCUAGUGAUAUGAGAUUCAAAGUAAUAUUGUCUGUACAUUCAGUUCUGAAUCAAAAGGAGAGGCUUGUAGUGAGAGAGAGUUCCUCUUCAUUAGUAAUUCUCCAUUUCAGAUCUACACAGAAGAAUGGAAUUUACCUUGCACAGUUCUUCCUGAGGCUGCAGAACAGGAACAGAGGACUCAGGGCUUCUUUCUGUUACGCUUCUCUGUUUUAAAAGUCACUGCUUGAUCUGCUGAAAUCAAAAGCAAAGGAAAUCCAUUAAGUUUAUGCUGGAGAAAAUAAUUCCUUUUGUUUCACUCUCUUCCCCUCUCUCCUGUUUCUAAGGGGAUUAAUACCCCAGUGAGUCUAUCCACAUUUUAUUAUAUUUCCUUACAGAACUUGAAUCAACUUAUAAAUCUUCUUUUGCAGAGACAUUUCAUUUUGGUUUAUGUAGCAGAGGGCGUGACAGGUCUGUCAAUGAAUGCUUUUGAUACUCGGGGGGUUCUCUGCA